GCUACAAGUAGAAUAAGGCGUUCUUCAGGUCAGGCAUUGUUUUCAGGAAAAUUCAGACGGACGUAUAGCAAACAUGGCAUCUAGAGACAGACGAGGUUACAACGUAAACAUGGCCCCGACGAUUAGGCGACCAAGGGUAUCUGUCUGUUCUUCUGCCCAAGUUCAUAACAACCAAGCCUUCAUCGAUGAGUUGCAUCUGAAAUUUACCGAGAUCGUUGGCGAUGUCCGCUACUUCGAGCUGCCCUACAACGACAUUGAUCAUUUUCUCUUUCGAAACACGGGCAUCGAUGUCAUGAUCUUGUGUCACUCCAUCCAAAACAGAAGGUUCGCCAUCACAGAUGUCAUGGACGCCCUCUACGACAAAUUCUUGUACAAUGCAGUCAGAGCUAUCGGUAAACCAAAGAUAUGCAUUUUGGUCCACGAUUUCAAAGCGGAGGAUCUAAACACCGUCAAAAAGUACCGAACUCGGAUUGAGGCUUUCCAGUCGCAGCAGCCGACAACCUUCAAAUGCGCUAACUUAGUGAUGAUGGGCGGGAAGCUAGAUGAGAGGGUGGAGAUAGGUGAUCACCAGUGGGAGGAGCUUCGGGCAUUUCUGAUAGAUGCUGGCCAAUCACCAGAAUCUAUCCCAUCCUAUCAGGAAUGUGCAUUUAAUUGCAUUGAUACUGUCAAUGUCACGUGCCAGAGUGUACAGAAGUCAUAUAAAAAACAACUACUGCUUGUGCUUGUCAUCUUGGCGGGUGGCUUGAUUAUAGUGUUACUUGUAGUGCUCACCAAAUAAAGGAAAUGAUGUGAUGUCUCAUUGGUAAAUCAAAGUGUCACAGGAGUUUGAAGGCGAAGAAUCGAUGCGAUAAAACAUUUCUUUACAGUUUAGUUGUGAGGACACUGAUUCUGAAUGAUGCAGAAACCUCACGAUGACGCACUCGGGGCGAUCUUUUUUUUCUGUAAGGACUUACGCCACCGACGCGAGAGGGCAGUUUUUACCAUAACCCAUU